CAGGAAGAGGAUUGCAAGCGUCAUUUUCUGCCAUCCCCAAAUUCUCCGCCGUCCCAGAGACAGAGGUGGAUAAUGGGAGGCCAUAUAAAUCUCCUGUCUGUGGAGAGGAUUUCUCCAGAAAGUCACCAAUGGACAAGCACCAGCAGGACCUCCACACAGGAGAGACGCCUCAUCUCGAACAAGACCAGCACACACACUCAGGAAAAACACACCACCACCACCACAAAUAUCAUGGCAAAUGUGCUACGAGGGACAAUGCUCUCUCCUCACACCAGCAGAAGAGGCACCAAUGUGGACUGUGUGGGAAGAGUUUCAGGAAAGCAGGAGACCUCACGCGGCACCAGCUCAUACACACAGGAGAGAGACCAUACCAGUGUACAGAAUGCGGAAAAUGUUUUAGAGACUCUGGAAACCUCAAAAAGCACCAGCUCAUUCACACAGGGGAGAAACGCCACCAAUGUGGACAGUGUGGUAAGAGUUUCAGGGAAGCAGGAAAACUCACACGGCAUCAGGUCAUCCACACAGGAGGAGAUAAGCCGUUUCACUGUGGAGAGUGUGGGAAGAGUUUCAGACAUUUAGCAGAUCUCAAAAAGCAUCAGCUCAUCCACACAGGGGAGAAACCACACACAUGUCUACAGUGCGGGAAGUGUUUUACAGAAUCGGGAAACCUAAAAAAGCACCAGCGCACUCACACAGGGGAGAGACCCUACACCUGUGAUCAGUGUGGCCACAGUUUCACACAUGCGAGUACCCUCACGCAUCACAAGCGUAUCCACACAGGAGAGAAGGGCCGCCAAUGUCCAGAAUGAGGCUGAUCUUUUUCUCAGUUGGGGCAAGUAAGAACACGAUUACGCAGUCAUAGGGCAGUCAUGGAUAUAGGGCAGUCAUGGGAAGCGGUUAGGGCAUCAGACUUGUAGCCCAAAGGUUGCCGGUUCGACUCCCGACCCGCCAGGUUGGUGGGCGGAGUAAUUAACCAGUGCACUCCCCCAUCCUCCUCCAUGACUGAGGUACCCUGAGCAUGGUACCAUCCACACACACAUGGGAAAAACUGGACCAACUCACCAGGCAACAAUGUAAAAGCACCAGAAAGGGGGUGCUGUGGCGCAGCACGCUAAGCCCCCCACAUUUGGGCUUGCAUGUCCAAGGGUUGCACCCAGGGUUCGAAUACGGCCCGGGUCAUUCGCCAUCUCUAACCCGCCUCUCUCUCCAUUUUCUUCCUGUCGCUCUUCGCUGUCCUAUAAAGGCGAAAAAAUGCUUUAAAACAAAAAAAGGAAAAGCACCAGAAAGCUCACACGGAAGACAAGCCCGACCUUGAACAAGAUCAAUACAUACACACAGAAAAAAGCCCUCCCACUGAAAACAUCUUGGCAAACAUCUCUUAUGGCCAGAAUAUCUCAAACGACACAAGUUCAUACAUACAGAAGACAGAACUUACCAGUGGAUGCAGCAAAAGUUUUUCCCAGUUAAAAAAUCUCAUGACUUCACUGCAUAACUGGUCCACCUGUCAAUUACCUUACUCUGUGCUGCAUUCAGAGUUGGAUAAACUUUAUGGCAGGGUUUUUACCUCCUGGGUGAGCACAGCGAAUUCAGAAUCAAUUUUAUAAUGGGCCUGUUCUCAACCAUACAGCCAAGACAAGAUGUUAUACUGUAGGUCUUGAAGAGGCUGAUGCAAUGCUCUCAAACUCUCAAACAUCAAACUCUCCUCUAAAGGGGAAAAGAAAUGCAACUUCAAUGUUUGGAGCACCAGAUAAAAUAUAGUGCCUCAACAUCUUGCGGACUUAAGAUUUGGUUCUAGCUGAAUGAAUGCUAAUCAGGGCAAAUUGAUGUCAUGGAGUUGGUCCCAUGCUGAAGCAAAAAUACUGAAUCAGAGCAAGAUAUCGCAAAACACGCCCACUCAAUGCAAAAGCGUGUGCUCAAGUUGGGUCUCCUAAGUGGGCGUUGUCCACUACUUCUUCUUCUCUUUUUGAGGUGUUUGCGCAAGACGUGCGCUACCGCCAUCUACAGCGCUAUGGGGACUUCAUUGAUUCUCAACCUCAGGACUCUGGUCUCCUAAAGGGGCGUUCACCCGACAUAAAGUGGAUACCGGAAAAGAAACAAAAUGACGCUUCUUGUUAGAUCCACCUUCUUUGGGUAAAGGCUACUGUCCCACAGAGCAACAAAAAAAUAUUUUCCCAGUAUGACUUGAGACUUGUGAUGUGGAAUGCAUACCAGAAGACACAUUAUGGACAACAUUGUGGAUAUGCACAAUGAUAUAUGUAGAUAUGAGUAGAUCUGAAUAUGGAAGGACAAGCCCUAUAGUUUUUAUUGCUGAAUAAUAGUGCUUCAUUAUAGUUUUGACCUAACUAAAAAGGAGCUUACCCAAGUUUGUCUUUCAAUGAUUUGUUGGUGUUGUAAGCAUAUGGUGUAAAAAUGUACAAAUCUGUAUGAUCUUUUUUUUCUCUCUUUUUUGUGGGAGUGACAGGAAGAGGACUGCUACUGCCAUUGCCUGCCAUCCCCAAAUUCACAGCCAUCCCAGAGACAGGGGUGGAUAACAGGAGGCCAAAUCAGGGC